AAACCUAACUUUCAUAAGUCUUCUUCUCUCUUACGUUCCUGAACGCAAAUGAUUCUUCUUCCUUACAAACUCGCCGACAACGUUCUUUCUCUUUCUCCAAUCAUCAUCAUCACUGUCCUCCAUGACUUCUAAAUCCUUGCAUCUCACCCUAAUACUCAGUUUUCAUUUUUUCUCCGUUAACUCCUUCAUUCUCAUCCCCCUAUUCUAUCUCACAUUUACCCACCAAAGUCAUUUCCACAGACCAGCAUAGCCCAUAUCGGUAAGUAAGUAGCUAAACUGGAGGGAAUGGAGCCUGAUCUAUCAAUCAACGAUGAGGGUGUUAUUCACGCUAGGCCUUGGCAAGUCAGCAAAAUUUUGAUCUCCUUCCAAUUGAGAACAACUCUGCAAAUCACUUUUGUUCCACUACAGAUCAUGAGUUGGAUGAUAAGAGGCUGGAAUGGGUGCGGAUUAAAGCCCAAAUUCAUGUCACAGAAAGUGUCGAAGAAAGCAAAGAUUGAAGAGGCCCAAAAGCAACAAAUCUAGAUGGCCCAGAGUUGGUUACACUCUUGAGAUUUACAGUUUUGAUUUCGAGUUUUUAUAAAUAGGUUUUAAGGAAAGGGUUUUGGGGAGCUUUUUACUUUUGGAAUAUUGGAGAAAAUCUAAAACAACAGUUGGGAAGGAGGAGGAGCAUUUUCGAAGGCAUUGAAAGGAUUGGAAGAGCAGUCGGUUGAAGAUUGCUCCCAGCUGAACAGUGCUCAUUGUUUUCUAGGUUUUUCUCACUUUAGGUAAUCUUCUGAAACAAAGGGAUUUUGGGAGAAGUUAGUGAGGGUGAUGAAUGGAGCCUAGUCUCAUGGGUGGGAUCCCUCAUUUCAGAGCCAAAUCUGCCUUUCUCCUGAAAUUUUUGCCUUAGAUUUUCUUUUUUUCUCUUUAAUGUAAUAUGAUAUUUUGAUGAUUGGUGCUAAAAUUUGUAUGAGAUUGUUGAGAAAUGAAUGAUAUUCAAUAAA